AUGGCGUUGACCAUUGUAGCCGUAACUCUUUGCAUUUUGCAUUCGUCUUCGGCAUUAUAUUUUCAUAUCGGAGAAACAGAAAAGAAAUGUUUUAUUGAAGAAAUACCAGAUGAAACCAUGGUAGUUGGCAAUUAUAAGGUGGAGAUGUUCGAUAAAAAUUCCAAUUCCUUUAUUCCCACCGUGUAUGGACUGGGAAUGCAUGUAGAAUGCAGGGACCCAGAUGAUCGGGUAGUUUUAUCCAGGACAUAUGCUGCUGAAGGUCGAUUCACUUUCACAUCGCAUGCUGCUGGUGAACAUGUGAUCUGCCUCAACUCAAAUUCUUCUGCCUGGUUCAAUGCUGGACAGUUGAGAGUUCACUUAGACAUCAGCGUAGGGGAGCAUGCAGUGGAUUACCAGCAGGUGCAGGCCAAAGAUAAGCUCACAGAGCUGCAGCUCAGAGUUCGACAGCUCUUGGAUCAGGUUGAGCAAAUUACAAAGGAGCAGAACUAUCAGCGGUACCGGGAGGAAAGAUUUCGACAGACCAGUGAGAGCACCAACCAGCGCGUAUUGUGGUGGGCUAUCGCCCAGACCAUUGUUCUCCUUGUGACAGGUUUCUGGCAGAUGCAGCAUUUAAAGAGCUUCUUUGAAGCCAAAAAGCUUGUUUGA